AUGGCAUCGGCAGUGGUGGGAUUAACCGGUGAUGACCUUGUUCAGCGUAUACUUAUGUCCAAAGGGGAGGCAGCGAUCCUAUUCGGCAACAAUGCUCUGCUUGAAGAAGGGGCGCUGAAAAAGGCGUAUAAGCUCAUGGCAUUGCGCACCCAUCCCGACAAGAAUCCUCAUCCUAGUGCACAUGAAGCCUUUCAGUUAGUGCAACAGGCGUUUGAAACGGCACUCAGGCCCCUGCAGUCCAAACCAGAUCCACGGGAAUCAAAACCAGCCCCAACAUCAGCGAGACCGGCAACUGCAGCAAGGACAGCAAAGCCGCCAUCGUCGGCUGGGGGUCCCCCGCCACCACCUUCAUGGUGGAAACCCCCAGUGCCAUCACCGACGACUCCCACAAGCAGCAGUCAUUCAGCGAACGAUAGUCGAGCUCAACACCGCCGUCCGACAGAGAGUGGUGAACACCGUUCGUUUCGGGAUGAUUUCGCGGAGGUACCGCUACCCCCGGACAUCUUCAACAAGUUUGACGGCGACACUUCUCAUCCACUGUCACCACCACCAUCAGUGGCGAAGCGGGCCAAACCACUUCCCACUUUUGAUGUAUCAGGUAGCGACGACGAUGGCGUUGAGGCGGAGAAACAAGGGACCUCGCGAGUAAGAUCGCAUUUUGCUGGGCAGCGGCAAACACCUGGUUCACACAAACCCGGUGCCAACGGCGGGAAACAGCGGUCAGUUCCUUGUAGUUUAAAGGAGCUUUUCGGGAUGUUUGAUAUAUCAGAUGAUGAUAAUGAUGAUUUGAUUAGUAUACCGAUUUCCUCUCCUACUGCUGGCGCGUCCCGUCACCCUUCGACGACGCAACCCGCACAAAUGCGUGGAAAGCAAUCCACGUUCGGUAGAAGACAAAAUGCUUUUACUGCCGACACUCCUAGCAGGGGGCAGAAAAAUGUGUCGUGUCCAUUUUGCUCAGCGGGGGAGUUCCCGGCACAUGUUGUAUCAACUGUGGUGUGUUCUUCUUGCAGUGCUCGCUUUGUGCCCGCUGGUGUAAGGGAAAUGAGUACCAGCUCCAAAGGAGUAAGAUCCGGUGCGAAAGCAUACCGUGGUGAUCUGUGUGCGUGUGGGAAAGCAAGUAAGGGGUCAUGUUUUCUUUGUGAGUGA